AAAAGAUCAUUAACCAAGACGGAUUGAGAACAUAUAUAUAUAAACAAAAUUGGAGUGUAAACAAGACGGCAAUAUAUUUUGAUUUUAUGUGCUAAAUUUAAUUUAAACUGAUUUAAGUACAGGUAAAUGUGGAGUUUAAAAUCUAUGAAAGAGUGUAUUUUUUUUCGGAUACAAACGUCGUUCAAAUUUCAUCAAAACUUCCGCGUUGCCAAAUUAAGUUUUGAAAGAGGAAUGCAAAUACUUGCCGGUCCGUUGCAAAAGCACAAAACACACAAAAAACAGUUACGCGCGUUUCAAGCAAUUUGAUAUCUUAAGGCAUUCAAUGUUCUUUUAUAAAGUUGGAUAUUACAGUGUUCUCAUUGACAUAAUUUUCUAUAGCCUAUUUAGCGUCAAAUUGAAGAAUACAAAGGAAUCAAACUUUGAGGUUCUUUUUCUGUUUGGGACAAACAGUUCUCAUGCACUAAACCAGACUGACACAAUUAAAGGAUCAUUCAUUUCACUUCCUAGUUCCUGAUGGCCAAACAACAGGCACGUACUUUAAACGCUGUAAACUUGGGAGCAGAUUAUAAGCAUAACAAGAGGAGUUUCGUUUCCCAAAAAAUAUUUUAUUCACGGAUUAUUGUAACAUAUUUUGUGUUAAGUACUGGAAUCCAUUCCGCAGACUUGUUGCCUAAACAGCACUGUAUGGACAUUGGGUUAGUUACACUGAAAUGCAAUUAUAUACCACUGGAAAUAAAUUCAACAGUGAAGACCUUUAUAUUAGAAGACGCUGAUGGUGUGAAUUUACAAUUUGUUGGUAACACUUGGCGAGAACUUCAGAAUCUGAGAAUGGAGUUACAAAAAGAAACAACAAAUCUUGCUAAUCCAUUCAUGGAUAUCAAGCAUAACACUUUUAUCAACCUGACUCAAUUAACUGAGCUCGGUAUUCAUUCUCGCAAUGCUACUUUCUCUAAAGGUGCGUUUAAUGGUCUAGCGCAUUUAAAAGUUCUUGAUUUAGACAAUUGUCCGCGGUUGUCAAUUGAAACUUUAGUCUCUGCAUUUAAAAGUAGCGACGUCAUGCAUCAGUUGGAAAAACUAUCUCUGGACUGGAUGUUUUCGUGGGAAUCGCCACCAUAUAUGAGAUGGACCGAAGACGUGUUUUUGACAUUAUCUCGAAUGCCUUUGAAAGCAAUCAUAGUGACUAACACCUGGAUAAAUUUUAAUUUUCCACAUUUCGAAUAUUUAGCAAAAUAUUUGGAAAUUGUAAACCUGCAAUACUCCACACUUAGCUACCAGAAGCCGGAUUUGCCUGGAGAUUUUCUUCGCAUGGAGAAUUUAAAAGUUUUGAAUGCAAGCUUCACGAAAUUUGAUGGUCAAAGUGAUAUGUUUGGCGUGUUUAAUCAUAUUCCAGAAAAGUCUGAUGCUAGUGUUGUGAUAAAGAUUCCGCCAAUAUUCGAAACUUUAGAAACUGUGGAUGUAAGUGGAGCUCUCAAAAGUUUAUUAAGACACAGAAUAAUGAAUAUAAAAUUGAUUUUUAAAUGGAAUGAACACCGAUGGAGGCCUAAGAACCUCAGCUUAAAAAACAACGAUCUGCUCUAUGUCGACGUUACGGUAGAAACUCCACAGAAUAACGCUUUCAGGUACAUUGACCUUUCCGAAAACAAAAUGGAAUAUAUUUCACCUUCUUGGUUUGCUACAAGCUCGAUGACUAUAACGACCAUUAACUUGUCAGGAAACAGAUUUGAUAUAAUGUUUCGGGAAAACAGUCAAGAGUUUUGCACUUUGUUCCGUAACCUUAUCACUCUUGAAACGCUCAGAAUGUCCAAUAAUAAACUUCAUUCGAUUCCAACAGAUAUGUUUGUAUCAAAUACCAAUCUUCAAUAUUUGGAUUUGUCGAAUAAUAAACUCACCCAGAUUACGUUUAAACUAGAAAUACUGAACUACGGACUGUAUUUAGAUAUGUCGGGAAAUCGGUUUUCGAAUCUUGAUAACAGGUCCCUUGAUCGGCUGAAAAUUAUAGAAACUAUCAUAAAUGGAAACGAAAAGGGAAAUAACAAUGAAAUACAACUGAAAGACAACACAUUUGCCUGCAAAACUUGUGAAAAUAAAGAUUUCGUGGAAUGGGUUUCACAAACAAGGUUGGUUAAUCUGACAACACAGCAGCUAACUUGUAUUACCGAGAAUAGCCAAAAAGAAGAUAUUUCAUUUAAAACAUAUCAACGCUUGAGCAUCUUAUGUGAUUUACAUAGAAGAAAAGUCCGACUUAUUUUAUUAGUAACAAGUAUGUUUGGCUGCAUUGCCAUUGGUGCAUUCACUGGAAUAAACGCAUGCCGCAAACUUUCUAGAGAACGAGCUGAUUUGGUAAAACUACAAACACGGAUAAAACAGAUUAAAAAAAACAAAUAUUCAAAACAAUAUUUGGUCUUUCUAUCAUAUUCCAACAAAGAUGAAGAGUUCAUAAACAAUAAUUUAGUUCAUGGUUUAAAAAAGGCACUUUCCACAUAUAUUGGAACAAAUAGAGAGCUUAUUUGUCGAGGGGACCAACAUUUUAGGAUUGGCCGUUACAUUUUCAACGAAAUCGAGAGAUUACUUGGCGAGUGUAGCGCGAUGCUUGUAUUUGUAACAGAGGACUACUGCAGAAGUGAGUUUUGUAAAACAGAAUUUAAAUUUGCAACGGCGAUGAGGAUUCCUGUAAUUUUGAUGUUUAGAGAUGAAGUAGCUGUUGACUCAAUGCCAGCUGAAAUGCGAAUGCUUUUUGACACAUUGACCAGGAUUUUAUGGACGGAAACUGCUGAAGGUUUUAUUAUUAAGACCUCAUGGGAAAAUGUAUGUAGAUCGUUAGUCCUUGCAAUGAAAUAGAAUAACAUUUGAUAUGCAAAAUUAUGAAACUCCUGUUCUACACAUCGCAAUGUCACUGACAGGUUUAACGAAUGUGAAACAAAAUAAUGUUUGUAUUUUCUCCUUCCUGUGUAAGCCAAACGAUAAAAUAUUUAAAAAAGCAUUUCACUGUUUCCUUCACGAAUUCAUUGUCAAACGUGUUUUACAACUGCAAUUUUACAUUUUUGUUUGUGAUAGUAAAUUAAAUGUUCCGAUGAUUUCAACAUUGAAGGAUAACGUUUUUUGUCGAUAUAUGUAUUGCAAUGUAUUGCAUUCGCUAAAGAUGUUUUGUUUGAAACCUUUACCAGAGUAAUGAGGACGGAGACCGAUGAUUGUCGUGGGCAAACUUCCUUAUAUUUAUAAUAUUGUUUUUCUUGUUGUUUGAUAUAUUCAUGAUAAUUUAUGAUGUGUUAUUCACUGAAUGUUCGUUUGAAGUGCUUCUGUGUUGAAUAGUAGUAUCAUCAAAAAUAGUUUUGUGUAUGAAUAUUUCUUUUCGAUUGAAAAUAAAACCUGUCUGACUUUUAUUUGAAAUGACUGAAUUGGCGAAAUAAUCAGUUUAAUGAUUAAAACAAAACUAGUUCAUGUUUCUUCA